AAUCUCAUUUGACUAUAACAGCUGCACCAAUGAUCUUUUUGAGCAUCAAGAUGUUUGGAGUUUGGGAGUGAUUCUGUACAUGCUAGUUUGUGGUCAUGCACCCUUUCAAGAAGCCAAUGACAGUGAAACACUUACAAUGAUAAUGGAUUGUAAUUACACUGUUCCAAGCCAUGUUUCCAAAGAAUGUAGCAAACUGAUAGGAAGUAUGUUAAUACGUGAUCCAGAGAAGCGGGCCACACUAGAAGAGGUAACUGGAAACAAAUGGUUAAAUGCAGGAGACGCCAUCCAGCCAGCAGAUUAUUUACCAUUAAUAUCUCACGAAUGUCUCUCUGAGGAGGAUCAUGCAUAUAUCAUUCAGAAGUUGGUAAACGGAAGUAUAGCAACAAAAGAGGAUAUCAUAGAGGCACUACAAAAGAAUGAAUACAACCACAUCACUGCCACAUACUUCUUGUUAGCAGAGAGGAAACUACGAGUUCAACGAGAGAAAAAAGCUCAGAUUUUAAGCAAAAGUUGUAGGGGAGACUUUCCUCCUGUUGCUAUUACACCCGAAAUUACAACUGACUUCUUACAACCUCAGGAAAACACGGAUCACAUGGUACAAAAUUUAAUUUCUCCUCAUGUGCCAAUGAAGUCAUUGGAUUCUAAACAGUUUGGUUCUCUUGUAGUUCCUCCAGAGAAUAGUCACUGCUAUUUGCCAUUAGCACGCAAGUGCAGCUUGGUACAUGAAGAAGAAGACAACAGUAGCUCUUCUGUCAGUCUGUCAUCUGUUCCUGCAUCUCAUCAGUCUGGGUCUCUCACCACCUCCCAAAAGAAGCCUGUCUUACAGCACUUUCUAUUCUCUCUUCCAUUUAGUGGCAGUGUGAAUGCUACAACACUUAGUCCAAAAAUGUCUCCAGAAAAUCAGUAUUCUGCUUUGUCAUUUUCAACUCAAAAGUUUAAAACCCUUCCAUCACCAGGGCGGCGACUCCAUUCUGUUAAAAGUUCUCCUCAGUUGCUUUUGAAUGAAAUAGAUGAAGAGGUGGAAUUGGAUGAGCCAGCUACAAAAACUCUAAACUCUAGGCACCCAAGGAAACAUCUUCACAGUCCUCGUUCUGCUCUAUCACAUGCAAUGUUACGUCUUUUAGGCCAACAACAGAAAAUGGGGAAAUCAAGAACUACCAGUUGCAGCAGCUCAGAGGCAAGUGAUGAUGAUAGUGAAGGCUUGAAGUGGAAAAUUGAAAAGCUAAAAAGCUCUGGAAGAAGAGACAGUAGCGAGGAUCGCACAGGAGGACAGGGUGGAAGUAGUGGAAUUGGUGGCUCAGGACAGACAGGGCCUGGAGUACCACAAGGAAACAUGAGUGGGGGAGGAAGGGAAGAUUCAGGUAAUAAAACCAACAGCAGUAAAUCCCAUAAGCAUAAAAAUCAGUCAGACACCAGUUCAAGUACACAGAUUUCCUGCAUUAACAGUACACUAAUUUAUAGAGCUAGCACUGAUAGCUUAAACCUGUGUUCUGACCAGUAUCCUGGUUUUUUACCAUGUGAUGAAUUUUUUACUAAGAAAAAUCCAGAGCCCGGUAGUUGCUCAAAGAUUCUACCACUUGCAGUUCAAGAAUGUCCAAGCAAGACUGUAGUAGAGGAACAAAAAACUUGUCGUAAAAUACCACUCAACUUCAGUUCAGACAUUGGCUUCAUGCUCCUUCAUCAGAUAGAAAAUUUGCCAAUCCAUGUCAAGUGUAAUGGUUGGAAAAGAUCUGGUCGCUUUAAAAGAGUAUCUAAAGAUAACUUGUCUCUUAAAUGUGAACUUCACGGUACUACAGAUGUGAAGAUGGCUCCUAAAUACUGCACUUUGUGUUGAUGGUUAAUAAGAACUUAGACGUCUGUUGUAUGGGUGAGAUAUAAUAACGUAGUUUUCUUUUCACUUAGACCAAAGACAGAAUUUUAGAGCCUUUCUCUUUCCAAAGAUCAGACUUGAGUUUUAUGUAUUUUCUCACUCAUGAAUCUCAAUAGCUAGCUUUCUAACAUUGUAUGUUUUUUCUGUCCUACAAUAUCUACUACUUAAGAUCGCAACUAAAUCUUAAACUUCGUACUAAGGAGUAGGUCUCUAUGGUGUUACAUUCUCAUAUAUUAGUUUGAUAGGAAUUUUUUACACAGUAUUUACUGUCUAUAGUUUUAAAUAAAUGAUAACUUUGUACCAAGAGGAGCAGGUUACUUCUGCAUUACAGAGACUCCUAUGUUUAAUAGAUACAUUUUUAAAUGCUCAGCUCUUAAGUGCUCUGCAUAGUAGCUGUCAUAAAUUUAAAUGUUUUCACAAUUAAGAUGUUUAAGUCAGUGUGCUAUAAAGAUUUGUUAUCACUAGUUGGAUUAAUCUACUCUCCACUCUACUUGCAUGUACACUUCUAUGCACAUCUGUAUAAAUGAAAAUUGUAUUAAUCUGUUUGGACAUUAAAAAAUAGGUUUUGAAAAUUAAAUUCUUUAGUGCAGAAACCAGUAAAAUCCAAAUAAAUUCCAAGACUGAUAUAAGGAACCAUGAGAAGUUCCAAAAUAGAAAAGCUGUUAGACAUAUAUAUAUACACACUGUGAAUAGGUAUAUAAAGUACUGCUGUGCAGUUGUAACCUACCAUACAAAUGCUGUGACACUUAUUGUAUAUACUAGAGUUACAGUGAAGACAUGUUUAACUGAUAAUAAAGGUGUACAAACUGCUUCUUAGUGUUAACAUUAGAUUAUCAACCUCAAGUGCCAUUUUAAAAGAACAAAUUGUAACGUAGAAGGUUCAUGAGAAAUAUGAACUAAAAUAAUACUGUUGCUUUAUGAACUGAUUGUUAUUUUCUGAGACACUUUUAAUGAUGUGUUUUUAAUUUUGAAAAAGUGUUAAGAAUUUAUGAUCUGCCGAGUUCAGAUAUGUUUUAUUUUUUGAUAAGUUAUGUAGUUUUGAAAACAAGUUUUCCAUGUUUGACAUACUUCGUCAUUCUGAAGGAGAGAGUUUUAUAUAACAUUCUUAAAUAAUGAAAGAAGGCUUUGAUUUAAUCUGAGAAACACUGGAUACAAGAUAGAAAUGCUUAUGUUUCUCCACAUGUACAAUAAUAAUUUUGAUCCUGUAACCAUGAUAUGCAAUUACUGACCAAGUAACAGUACCCCUACUUUAUCUUGAUUCAAUCUCUACAGGACAUGUAUAUGUACUAUAGCUAGAGAUAGGGCUUACUUAUACUAUAGCUAGAGAUAGGGCUUACUUAUACUAUAGCUAGAGAUAGGGCUUACUUAAUUACAUUUGUAAAAAACAGACUAGUUUCAUAUGAAACAUUAUGCUACAUUUACUGUUCAAGUAAGUAUGCUGAUAUAUGUGUGUGUGUGUUUGGAGAACUAAAGAUGUAAUGUUGGGACCAAUUAAUACCUGCAAUAGACCUUGACAAUUACUAAGUUUUUAUAGUUGUACGUGAUCAGUCUUGUAGUACCACUAUAUCUAGUUCUAAUAGUUGUACCUGAUCAGUCUUCUAGUACCACUAUAUCCAGUUAUAAUAGUUGUACGUGAUCAAUCUUCUAGUACCACUAUAUCUAGUUCUAAUAGUUGUACCUGAUCAGUCUUCUAGUACUACUAUAUCCAGUUGUAAUAGUUAUACGUGAUCAGUCUUGUAGUACCACUAUAUCUAGUUUUAAUAGUUGUACCUGAUCAGUCUUCUAGUACUACUAUAUCCAGUUGUAAUAGUUAUACGUGAUCAGUCUUCUAGUACCACUAUAUCCAGUUAUAAUAGUUGUACGUGAUCAGUCUUCUAGUACCACUAUAUCUAGUUCUAAUAGUUGUACCUGAUCAGUCUUGUAGUACCACUAUAUCUAGUUUUAAUAGUUGUACCUGAUCAGUCUAGUUCUAGUACCACUAUAUCUAGUUCUAAUAGUUGUACUUGAUCAGUCUAGUUCUAGUACCACUAUAUCUAGUUUUAAUAGUUGUAUUUGAUCAGUCUUCUAAUACCACUAUAUCUAGUUUUAAUAGCUGAACCUGAUCAGUCUAGUUCUAGUACCACUAUAUCUAGUUCUAAUAGUUGUACCUGAUCAGUCUAGUUCUAGUACCACUAUAUCUAGUUUUAAAAGUUGUACCUGAUCAGUCUAGUUCUAGUACCACUAUAUCUAGUUCUAAUAGUUGUACCUGAUCAGUCUUCUAGUACCACUAUAUCCAGUUAUAAUAGUUGUACGUGAUCAAUCUUCUAGUACCACUAUAUCUAGUUCUAAUAGUUGUACCUGAUCAGUCUAGUUCUAGUACCACUAUAUCUAGUUUUAAUAGUUGUACCUGAUCAGUCUUCUAGUACUACUAUAUCCAGUUGUAAUAGUUAUACGUGAUCAGUCUUCUAGUACCACUAUAUCUUGUUCUAAUAGUUAUACCUGAUCAGUCUUCUAGUUUCACUGUAUCUUGUUCUAAUAGUUAUAUCUGAUCAGUCUUCUAGUUUCACUGUAUCUAGUUCUAAUAGUUGUAAGUAAUCAGUCUUCUAGUUCUAAUAGUUGUACGUAAUCAGUCUUUUAAUUCUACUGUAUCUAGUUCUAAUAGUUGUACGUAAUCAGUCUUCUAGUUUCACUGUAUCUAGUUCUAAUAGUUGUACGUAAUCAGUCUUCUAGUUUCACUGUAUCUAGUUCUAAUAGUUGUACAUGAUCAGUCUUUUAGUUCCAUUGUAUCUAGUUCUAAUAGUUGUACGUAAUCAGUCUUCUAGUUUCACAGUAUCUAGUUCUAAUAGUUGUACGUAAUCCGUCUUUUAGUUCCAUUGUAUCUAGUUCUAAUAGUUGUACGUAAUCAGUCUUCUAGUUCCAAUGUGUCUAGUUCUAAUAGUUGUACAUAAUCAGUCUUCUAGUUUCACAGUAUCUAGUUCUAAUAGUUGUACGUAAUCAGUCUUCUAGUUCCAAUGUGUCUAGUUCUAAUAGUUGUACGUAAUCAGUCUUCUAGUUUCACAGUAUCUAGUUCUAAUAGUUGUACCUGAUAAAUUUUCUAGUAGCACUGUACCUAGGAUUAAAUGUUUUGAUAAUGAAACUGUUAUAUUAAAGAUAGUACACUAAUUUGUUUGAGCCAGUAUACAGUUGUUUUCAAUACUGAAUUCAAUCAGUAUCUUGUUUUUGUAAAAAAAUAUUUUAAUUGAUGUAAAUAAUAAUAUAAAUAUGUAAAAAGUAUUGAAAUUUGUGUGUCAACAGUGUACAAUAACAAUAGAAAAAAUGAAAAGCUUUGAUAAAAGUAAACUGAUAUGUACUUUAAAAGAUGUUAUGCAUUACAUAAAGUUGUGUGUCAACAGUGGAAGUAUGUUGUGUAUUUUAAUACAUUGUCCAGCUUGCAUGAAAGUAUUUUGUACAUGUAUAUGAAGAAACUAAUUAUAGCAGAUAGCUUAUACAUACAAGCAGUUAGUUAAUACUGUAAUUUUGACUUUCUACACUGAUGCUUGGAUAAUUCGACACGUCGAAAGGUAGUAACUGAUCACAAUGUUAGUAUGAAUAGAAAGGGCAUACAGUCCUGAUGACAAAGGCUUCUAUAUACAGUUUUCAAAGUUAAUAUGAAUACAUAAAGUGGUUAAAACAAGUUUCUGCCAUCCUUUGGAAUGAAAUGCAAAUUGUAAUUGAUGUAAUAAAUCAGUGAUUAUUUAUCAUUUUAAUUUGUUACUAUUUAUUUGAAGCUAUAGAAAGGUCCAAAAAUCUCUUUUCCCAUUAAUCCUGUGACUCCAGGUGGGGUCAAAGUGCUCAUGCUAUGACCUUGUACAUAGUACAAUUCAACAUGGUAUUAUGGAUUUAAUCAGUUAGCAAUGUUUCAUUUUACCCUACAAUGCUAAUUUCACAACAGUUCAUGUUAGAGCGGAGAAAAUACCAGAUACUGUAAACAGGGAUAUGAAAUAAACUUUGUACAUGCAUUUAGAGGGUUCUAGAGGUCAUACAAAUACAAUACAUGACAUUUAGAAGGUUCUAGAGGUCAUACAAAUACAAUACACAACAUUUAGAAGGUUCUAGAGGUCAUACAAAUACAAUACAUGACAUUUAGAAGGUUCUAGAGGUCAUACAAAUACAAUACACAACAUUUAGAAGAUUCUAGAGGUCAUACAAAUACAAUACAUGACAUUUAGAAGGUUCUAGAGGUCAUACAAAUACAAUACAUGACAUUUAGAAGGUUCUAGAGGUCAUACAAAUACAAUACACGACAGUUAGAAGGUUCUAGAGGUCAUACAAAUACAAUACACGACAUUUAGAAGGUUCUAGAGGUCAUACAAAUACAAUGCACGAUAUUUAGAAGGUUUUAGAGGUCAUACAAAUACAAUAUACAACACUUGGAAGGUUCUAGAGGUCAUACAAAUACAAUAUACAACACUUGGAAGGUUCUAGAGGUCAUACAAAUACAAUACAUGACAUUUAGAAGGUUCUAGAGGUCAUACAAAAACAAUACACAACAUUUAGAAUGUUCUAGAGGUCAUACAAAUACAAUAUACAACACUUGGAAGGUUCUAGAGGUCAUACAAAUACAAUACACAACAUUUCAAAGGUUCUAGAGGUCAUACAAGUGCAAUAUACAAAUAGUAUGAUGGAGAAACGUAUUUUUAUUCUUUACACGAACAUCACCUUGCACUCAAGAGUUUUCAUCAGACUGACUUUGUUGAUUCACAGACAUAUUAGUACAAAUCCUUUUGUAAUACAUUUGAUUUUUUGUGUACAAUAGACUUGUUUUGUUUGCUGAAAGCUUGUUAUAUAUCUUGAAGAUACAUAUAGUAAAUUUGGAAUUAUAGUCAAUAUUACUUCUCCAUUAGAGUGAUCCCUUGCAUAUUCAGUAAAAGAAGAUUCUUUUAAAGCUGGAUAUGACAUCUAACAUAUAUCUGUUCAAAACUUACGAAGUAGUCUAAUACAGUGGUUCUUAUGAAGUAGUCUAAUACAGUGGUUCUUAUGAAGUAGUCUAAUACAGUGGUUCUUACGUGUGGUUUCUGAAAAGAGUUUUGGAAAGGUACUUGAGAACACAGUAAUUUUUGUGUAUAAUUUAAAGUAUAGAGUGUAGGGUUUUCACCUGACUUGUACAAUGUUGAUUCCAACAUGUGUGGAAGUUGCUAUCCUAAUUAGCUGUGCAAAGGAAACUGGUGAUGUUGUAAGUCAGUGCUCAAGAGAUGGAAUGUUGUUUUUUGCAUGAAGUUAAAAACUUUGAAAUAAUUAAGUCAAUGGUCAUGAGUACUUUGUCCACACUGAAAGGGUCUGCAUUGCCCAGUGUUGGGAAUCUGAUGUAACAGAAUCAAAAUAAAUAUGGUGAAGUUUUCUGUUGCUUGGUCACCAUGUACAGAAUAAAAUACAACAUUAGAACUUUUAAUUGUUUAUUUAUGUGUGUGAAUAAAUUGACUGAUGAAAAUUCUAACAAAUUACCAAUAAUCACGUUGAAAUAUUAAAGCAUAGUGUAUCUGGUUGUCUUUUUAUCAAUCCUGAUGUCAACCCAUGCUUAUCUUAAACUUAUUAUAUUUGUUGUUUUUAUUUAAUUCUUUUUAAAGUCACUUCUCAAGCUCAAUUUUUAAGUCCUUCCAUCGACAUUAAAAACAUGUAACAAAAAACUUGAUAAUACUUACCUUUGAAAUUUCCAGUGUGAUGACCAGUUUUCCCAAUUGUUCUUCUCAUUAGUAUGAUGAUCAAAUGUUUUUAGGAAUUAGUGUUUUAGUUGCUUCAAAGUUUUAAUAAUUGUUAGUGAAUAUUUUAUGAAUGUUUUUUUAAUAACUGAUAUUUUGAUAAAUGUUUUAUGCAAAAUUCUUUACAAGCCAUAGAAAUAUUUCAUACAGCUACUGUGAUAUAAAAAAAUCAGUAGUUAGGUGAUUCUUGCCAUACUAAUAUUUAUUUUUGAAAACUGUUUCAAUUAUGAGAUAAGGUAUCUUGGAAAAAAUUAAAUUUAUGAAAAAUAAUGUUUUGAACGUUACAUAUAUAUAUUAAUCAUCAGUAAAAGUUUGUUACAUAAAAUUUUCUUGUUAACAGAAGGUAUUUAAAGAUGUGUUUCAUUGAAUGCUACAGUAAUUGUUAAGAGUGAUGUAGCCUAGAAUUAAGUACUAUCAUGGAUGUAGUAGGUGAGUGAAAACCUAAUUUGUGUUGUAGUGUUCUGGAAAAUGUUUUCUAAUUUAGUUUGAAUAUCUUGUAAAGUUUAUAUAUUAUGUAAAAAAGAGAAAACAUGAAUAACCUGAAUCCAAGUGAAAAUGUAUUCACAUAUCAAACAAAAUGUAAUACAAAACCAAAUAAAGAAAAUGAUUGCAAUAUCA